GCGCCGCCCGCCCCCCUGCAGCCUGUGCUGCAGCUGCCGGCCGCCGGAGGGGGCGAACAAACGUCAACCUGUUGUUUGUCCCGUCACCAUUUAUCAACUCUCGGCACCACAAGGAAGUGCGGCCGCCGCCCGCGCGGGGAGCUCAGCAUGCAGGAAGUGCGGGGAGAGCUCGGCCACUAGCGCGGCCGCCGUCCCGGGAGCGUCUCCCGGCUUUUUCUCGGAGCGACGCUGUCCCCGGGUCGCUGAUCCCAAUGCACCGGCUCAUCCUCGUCUACACGCUAGCCUGCGCAAACUUUUGCAGCUACCGGGACACUUCUGCAACCCCGCAGAGCGCAUCCAUCAAAGCUUUGCGCAACGCCAACCUCAGGCGAGAUGAGAGCAAUCACCUCACAGACUUGUACCGAAGAGAUGAGACCAUCCCGGUGACAGGACACGGCCACGUGCAGAGUCCCCGCUUCCCAAACAGCUACCCCAGGAACCUGCUUCUGACCUGGCGGCUGCACUCCCAGGAGAAAACGCGCAUACAGCUAGCCUUCGACAAUCAGUUCGGAUUAGAAGAAGCGGAAAAUGAUAUCUGUAGGUAUGAUUUUGUGGAAGUUGAAGACAUAUCUGAAACCAGUACCGUUAUUAGAGGACGAUGGUGUGGACACAAGGAAGUCCCUCCACGGAUAACGUCGCGAACAAACCAAAUUAAAAUAACGUUCAAGUCUGAUGACUACUUUGUGGCUAAACCUGGAUUCAAGAUUUAUUAUUCUUUUGUGGAAGAUUUCCAACCCGCAGCAGCCUCAGAGACCAACUGGGAGUCGGUCACAAGCUCUAUCUCAGGGGUAUCCUAUCACUCUCCAUCAGUAACGGACCCCACUCUCACCGCGGAUGCUCUGGACAAAACAGUUGCAGAAUUUGAUACUGUGGAAGAUCUGCUCAAGCACUUCAAUCCAGAAUCAUGGCAAGAAGACCUUGAGAAUCUGUAUUUGGACACUCCUCAUUAUCGAGGCAGGUCAUAUCAUGACAGAAAGUCAAAAGUCGACCUGGACAGGCUCAAUGACGAUGUCAAGCGCUACAGUUGCACCCCCAGGAAUUACUCCGUCAACUUGCGAGAGGAGCUGAAACUGACCAACGUCGUCUUCUUUCCACGCUGCCUCCUGGUGCAGCGCUGCGGAGGAAAUUGUGGCUGUGGCACUGUCAACUGGAAGUCCUGCACGUGCAGUUCAGGGAAGACUGUGAAAAAGUACCACGAGGUGUUAAAGUUUGAGCCUGGCCAUUUCAAGAGGAGGGGCAGAGCCAAGCACAUGGCGCUCGUUGACAUCCAGUUGGAUCACCAUGAGCGGUGCGAUUGUAUCUGCAGCUCAAGACCACCUCGAUAAAAGAACGAGCACGUACUUACAUUAAGCAUGACAGAACCUUUAUUUUAAGGAGGGUGUGGUAAGAGAUCCUUUUCCCACCAGCAGCCGAACUUACUAUUAGCCUGCAAAGCAAUGAACGCAAGUGGCUGCUGAGUUCCAGCCUAGCUUUGUUAGUGCCAUGGCAAGUAGAAAGGUAUAUCGUCCAUCUCUGUAUCCGAGAAUAUAAGAUUACAUCUAAUAAUAGUGUCUGAGAAUAUAUAUAUAUAUAUAUAUACACACACAUUUAUAUAUAUAUAUAUAUAUAUAUCUCCACAUCUAUGUGUAAAUAGAACAAAUGGUUUAUUCAUCAUAUAUCACCAGGUUUGCCAGAGCCCACAUAUGGUUGAGUUAUUUAGCCCCUUAAAAUCUGACAAAAUAAGGGAUGUAAAUACACAAAAACGUGUCUUUGGAAGAUUUGGAAGCUUCAUUUGUUUAUUUUGAUGUUUUGAAUCACAAAACAAUUUCAAAUCUUGCUCUUUUAAAGAAAGGACCUUGUAUAUUAAGAAUCAAUAGAUGAGCUUUUUUCAUUAUACAUCUUAAUUAUAAAAAAGGAAAAAUGUGGUGUCUGGCAAAAGGCACAUUCUUGCGCAUUUUUCCCGUGAGAUGUACUACGUGCAUGCUUCCCUGUGUAGAUAAUAAUUACCUGUCUCCAAUGCAUGCCAUAAUAAUAUAGGUGCUUUCGAAAUAAAGUCAUGAAGUCUUCUUUUUAUGUAUCUUGCUGAGGCAUGCAAAUUCAUUACCACCUGUCUCAAAAACACUUUCUCACAAGGUUUAUUAUUAUAAUCCUAUGAGAGACAGUUUAUAAGCUGCAGCAGAACUUUGAAUUGUUUCUUUUCAGAAACCUCUCCACCGAAGUAACUUCUUGGGAGAGUGGCAUGGGGACUCUGUAUGAGCCUUUCAAAAUCGUGUUCGUUGAAAAAUUCGGGCAGGUGAAAGUCAAAAAGUGAGCACUGAAAUAUUAACGUAACUGAGAAUCAGAUGGAAUAUUUGAUUAGAGACCUUAUUUCAUAAUGGAUUCAAACUCUCCAAACCAUGCCGAUAAAUUUUAUAUAUCUUGCUUUUUUGUGGGCCUGUCUCCCAUAUGCAGACAGAUUUACAAUGGCCUUUUAUAUUUGACAAGCCAUCAUGGAUUAUUUAUAGCCUAUAAAUGUUUGUGUAUUAAAACAACCCACUUUUAUUGAUGUAAAUUCCUAAUCAGAUGCUCAACAUCCAGUUCAGAUGAAUUCCUGUUUCUGAACUAAGUGAAACGAGAGCUGAGGUCUCUGGUUCUUUCCAAAUCUAUGGAGCUUGUUCUAGAAGCCAUGCUGCAGAUCGUGGGGACGCAAGUUUGGCCCUGCCCUCCCACUAGGAAACUGGUUUUACAUUGGUGGCAGUAAUUG